ACACGGCAGGUACUGUUGUUUCCUUUCUUAUUCUCUUGGUUCUGCCGGGCGGUCUCGGAGCAGAUUCGUUAUUCGAUUCCUGAGGAAAUGUCCAAAGGUUCUCUUGUGGGGAAUCUCGCCAAGGAUUUGGGGUUGGAUGUCAGAGAACUGCCGCAGCGGAACCUCCGUGUCAGUUCUGAAAAGCAAUACUUCAGUGUGAAUGUGGAAAAUGGCAACCUGUAUGUGAAUGACAGGAUAGACCGGGAGGAGAUAUGCGGGGAGACACCCCUUUGUGUCCUGACAUUCGAAACGGUGGUUAAAAAUCCUUUAAAUAUUUAUCUCGUGAAUGUCGCAAUCCAGGACAUUAAUGAUAAUGCCCCGUGGUUCAUAAAGAGUGACAUUGAUCUAGAAAUCAGCGAAUCAGCGCUGCCGGGUGCGAGAUUUCGACUAGAAUCUGCGCAAGAUCCGGAUUCUGGGAUCAACUCACUGCAGAAUUACCAACUCAAUAAAAACCCCUCCUUUACCCUGGCAGUGAAAGAGAGCCCAGAUGGCAAAAAGCAAGCAGAAUUAGUCUUAGAAAAGUCUUUGGAUCGGGAGGAGGAAAGUUCCCACCAGUUAAUCCUGACGGCUCUGGAUGGGGGAGAUCCAGUCAGAUCUGGGACAGCUAAGGUUAGGAUUAAAAUUACUGACGCCAACGACAACCCCCCUGUAUUCACUGAACAGAUCUACAAAGUCAGCCUGAGGGAAAAUCUACCAAAGGGCUCCUUAGUGUUUCAAGUGAAAGCCAGUGACAAAGACGAAGGUUUAAAUGGCCAUAUAUCAUACUUUUUCGACAGCAUACCGGAAAACACCCGCAAAUUAUUCCAUUUAGACCCUGAGAAUGGAGAAAUUACAAAUACAGCGAUCCUGGAUUUUGAAGAGAAAAAUGAAUACACCAUGGAAUUGGAAGCCAGGGAUGGGGGUGGGCUGACCGAUCACUGCAAAGUUUAUAUAGAAGUACUGGAUGAGAACGACAACGCCCCGGAAGUGACGAUUUUAUCAUUAUCCAGUCCUUUUCCCGAAGACUCACCGCCAGGAACAGUGAUAGUUCUGAUCAAAGCUCUUGAUCCAGAUGCCGGACAAAAUGGAGAACUUAGUUGUAGUAUUCAACACAACUUGCCUUUUAAAAUAAUAUCAUAUUCUAUUAACUACUAUAAGCUCCUCACAGACAGCACCCUGGACAGGGAGAGAACUCCGGAGUACAAUAUCACAAUCACAGCCACAGACAAAGGCUCUCCCCCUCUCUCCACCCAGAAAACCAUCCUGUUGCAGAUCUCAGAUAUCAAUGACAACGCCCCUGUCUUUCAAAAACCUUCCUACACCGCCUAUGUGCCAGAGAACAAUCCCUCGGGGGCCUCUAUUUUCAGUGUAGCAGCCUCAGACCGGGAUCUGGACCGGAACGCCCGAGUCACUUACUCCAUCCUGAGCAGCAACCUCCAGGAGCUGCCUCUCUCCUCCUACAUCUCCAUUAACUCCCAGACCGGAGCUAUCUAUGCGCAGCGCUCCUUCGACUACGAGCAAUUCCGGGAGUUUGAAGUGCAAGUGAAGGCCCAAGACGGCGGGUCCCCGCCUCUCAGCAGCAAUGUCACCGUCAGGGUGUUUAUUCUGGAUCAGAAUGAUAACGCCCCUCGCAUCCUGUACCCUUCCCUGGGAGCCGAUGGCUCCGCCUUGUUCGAGAUGGUCCCUCGCUCGGCCGAGGCAGGUUAUCUGGUGACUAAGGUGGUGGCGGUGGAUGCUGACUCAGGACACAAUGCCUGGCUCUCCUACCAUCUGCUCCAGGCCACGGAACCGGCGCUCUUCAGCAUGGGGCUGCACACCGGGGAGAUCCGGACAGCCCGCGCCUUUGCGGACAGAGAUGCUGUGAAGCACAGGCUGGUCACCCUGGUGAAGGAUAACGGGCAGCCGCCUCUCUCCGCCACAGUGACUCUCAACCUGGUGUUUGCUGAGAACUUCCAAGAGGCUCUUCCGGAAAUGAGCGACCAAUCGGGUGACUCGGCACCUCAGUCUGAUUUACAGUUCUACUUGGUGUUGGCUUUAGCCUUCAUCUCAUUUUUAUUUCUAAUUACAAUUAUAGUGGUGAUAGCCAUGAAAGUUAGAAGUUCAAAAAGCUCCUCUAUUCUUCAGUAUGUCAGGCCUGCUCUUUAUUCCAAGGCUGAUCCCAGAUUCCUACCAGAUUACGAAAAAGGGACCUUACCGUAUUCUUAUAAUUUGUGUUUGGCUGCAGACUGCGGGCAAAAUGGAUUUAACUUGCUUAAAAGUAGCGACCAGAACAUUACAGCUGAGAAUAUCCUUUGCAAUGACAACUCUGGGAUUUUAGUUGUGAAUAAUUCUGGUUCUGAAGCACCCAAAUCCGCGUCCGAAACUCUUCUCAAGGUGAGUUUUUGCAUUAAUGCGUUAAUUAAUUUACUGGGUCCUGGCUGUAGCGCUAAUCUGCUUUCACCCCCUAGUAACAGUUUCAGUGGUUUUAAUCAUGAAAUUCCGAAGAUCAAAGAAUUCCCCUGUUCUUCAAUAAAUCAGUUCUAA